GCGGAAGUUAGUUUCCGCCGUAACGCAACGUGUGUCGCUAGCAAAGCCACAGAAAUUUUUUUUGGAGGGAUGGGUCGCCGCAAGUCCAAACGGAAACCCCCACCUAAGAAGAAGAUGACCGGGGAUCUGGCCACUCAGUUUACCUGCCCCUUCUGCAACCACGAGAAGUCAUGUGACGUCAAAAUGGAGAGAACGAGAAAUACUGGAAUAAUAUCUUGUACAGUCUGUUUGGAGGAGUUCCAGACGCCUAUUACGUAUCUGUCGGAGCCAGUGGACGUGUACAGUGAUUGGAUAGACGCUUGUGAAUCGGCCAAUCAGUAGCCCCGGAGGUGGAGCGAGACUAUAAAUAAUGGCUGGCAUUUUCCACUUGUGUGUGUGUGUGUGCGUGCGCGUGCGUGCGCGCGCCCAUCGUGAGCGCGACUGCCAGUCAAACUUUCAAAUGUAUAUUUUACUUUUCCCCUCCCCCUCCUGCUUCUAUUUUAAAAUGUUUUUGGCUUUACUUCAACGGUGCAAAUUUAUUAAAAAUGCCUGCAAGAAUCCCAUGCUGAAAGAUCUGGCUGUGUGUUCACUUGAGAAUCCAGACCGAAGCUACAGUCGCUGGCCACUUGCGCCAUCUGACAUGCAAUCGGAAAUUCCAAUUUCGUCACAUCACGUGGGUGACAAUAUUAAGCAGCACGGUGAUUUAGUGGUUAGCACGGUGAUUUAGUGGUCGGGUGGGGGUGGGGGGUUCAGAUCUCACAUGCUCCCCUCCGGCUUCCUCCCGCGUUCUUAAAGUCGCAUUCAAGUUGGAUUCAUGCGACACGCUCAAUUGUGCAUGGGGGCACUUCCACACAACUGAAAACUACAGUCAGAAACAUUAAAAAAAAGAACAGAAAAUAAUGACUACUUUUAUGACUUAAUUACCACCCCCCCCCCAAAAAAGGGGGGGGGGUGGCACAAUUUAAGGCACAGGUGUCAAACUCAAGGCCCGGGGGCCAGAUGCAGCCCACCACAUCAUUUUAUGUGGCCUGCGAAAGCAAAACGUGUUUACUUAGUAAUUUUGGUAAAAUACCAAAAUUGCAAAUUGUCUUCAAUUUUAAUAAUAUUGAGAUAAUGCAGUCAUUUUUUUGUGACCAAGCAACCUUUUAGAAUGAAUUGAAUAACUGUUGAACUGUUGUUGUUUUUUUUAACUGGCUUCUCAUUUCAAAACUAGUUAUCUUAUCAAUUUGGUGUGUACCGGUAUAUGUUAUAUCAUGAGACAAUCAUACAUUUAUUUGGUUCACAGUCAUAGCGGCACUCAGUGGAAUAAUAACUAUAAUGUGGCCCAUGACAAAAAUGAGUUUGACACCCCUGUUUUAAGUGUUUUGUUUGUUUUUUACAGUACUGGAUCUUAUUAUGCAGGCAGACCUAAUGCAGUGGCCAACGAGUGUAUACCAAACGGAAAAACAUAAUAUAUUGUUAAAGAUUUUUUUAAUUUACUUAAAAACUCAUUCACUGCCAGUACUCCCAGUUAACGUCAAAACUCAUCAAUGGCAGUGAAGGAGUUUGAAAUUCUGCAGUCUGUGCUUAUGAUGUCACAAAAUGUCGUCAUUCCAAUAUUUUACUGUGGUCAAGCAUCAUGUCCAGUAAAUAAUAAUGAGCCGCUGCUCUCGUCGUCUUCGUAAUGGUGACACAGCAUCUGGUCAUCUCACUGCGAAAUCAAAUCAUUCAGGUUCUUUUGGUUGCUAAAAAGGUUACACAUAAUCACUAAAUAUGUACAAUACACUGUGAUUUUAUUUAAUGUGUGUGUGUGUGUGUUGGUUUUCUAUGCAACUGAACACAUGGUGUGCAAAAAAAAAAAAAACUUGACUGUAG